AUGUCUUCCAACUCCUCCUCCAACUCUGAAGCCGCUAUUCUUCCCGAACACUGUAGGGAGGAAUCUUCCACUGACGCCUCGAGCUCGGGAUCUACAGAGCAUUCUUCGAACGCUUCUCUGGUUCGGAAGAAUUCCCGGGUCGUCGAGGUCGACUCUAGUAGUCGGGUUCCGAUACGAGCUCCGGAGCGGAUGGAUCGGAAUCUCCGUGAGCCCGAGGGCCAGGUUCUCACUGACCUGGUCUCGGGACGGGAGCCUGACGCGAAGACAGAUGAGGAUGCUCCACUGCGUGAGGUCGGGGAUGGAGGAGCGCUGGAUCCAAACGAUGAUGACAUGAUGCCGAUCAUGGAUCGGCCAUGCGUGUGCGCUCCAGUGAAGUCCACCUUGUCAUCCCCAGAGACAGUUCGGGCUGCAAUGCUGAUCGGCGGGGCCCCUCCUGGAAUCAUAAUCCAGGUUCUCGAACCGGAAGAGCGCCCUUGGGAUGCACCCGAGGACUUCAUUUGUGUCUACGAGGCUUAUUUCCGCGAGGCCGGAUUGACUUUCCCUCUGCCCCGCUUGCUGUUCGCUUACUGCAAUCGUCGCGGCCGCGCGAUAUCACAACUCCAGCCGGCGUCGAUAGUGAAUUUUGUCGGGAUUCUCCAGCUCGGGCGCGAUAUCCGUGCUCACAUCAAUGUGGCCCAAUUCGAGGAGCUUUUUAUCAUGAAGGUCUCAUCGGCCAAAAGUUGGUUUUUGUCGGUGAAUUGCAACCCGAAGUUCGACCUGGUUACUGGGAACAAGGCUAGCAAAUUUCCGAACUGGGACCAAAGUUACUUCUUUGUUCGCGUCGAUUCGCUGUCUGCUGAGAAUCCGGAGAGCACGUUCCGGACUGGCUGGAGUGUCGAUUUUGAUCGCCACGUUCCAGGAUUUAUUCAACGCUCCCUUACGUCCGACCUAGCGAAGCAGCUAAGUCUCGCCGGACAGCGCCGUUGGCCCCUAGCUUACCAAGAGAAGAUCGACCGGCGGAUAAAGAGAGCUCAGGACAGAGCUAAAACUAAAGCCGAGCCCAGUUCGUCGAGACCGGUACCAAAGAAAAGGAAAUCGAAGAAAAGCAGCAAGAAGAGUCGGCGGAAAAUGGCUUUUGACAAAUCGGACAUUCCGACGAUGAACUUCGGGGCUGACGAGGAAGAGGACGAUGCCCCGAUUGACAUCGUCGGCCUCGACGGAAACAAGGUCGGUGAUGGUAAUGAAACCGGUGGCGGGGACGAGGUCGACAACGUCUCGGUCGGCCCAGUUGAUCCCUUGAUCCCAGUUACGGAUCCGGAGGGCGACGUGGUGGGAACUGUCGUUCCUGAGGCGACUCCUCAGCCUCAAAUGGAGGAAGGCGAGAUUGGUGAGCAGGACGAGGACGAGCUCACCAUUGCCGACCGCGCACGAAGAAAGAAGGGGAAGUCCUCGAAGAGGUCUUCUCGGAAGAGGGGCGGUGACCCCGAGACGGCCGUGAGUGAGGGGACGCUGGUCCUUCACGGCGGGGACAUUGGCGGUUCGCCUACCGCUUCUCAAGUCCCCCCGGCGGAUCCGGCGGUCGAGACCGGGAACCCGAGGUCGUUCAAGAGGUGCCGGACCUCUGACUCGUCAUCUUUCUCGGUCCGUCUCAACUAUAAUAAGGAGAGGUCCUUUUUUGACGACGCAACUGCCUGCGCCGAGCUCUUCAGGCAGAUCAUCCCGGCCUCGUCUCCAAUGCCUGAGACUAAAGACCUCUUCCGCCCUAAGUCUUACGCCUGGGUCACGAUAUCCGCCUCCGCUCUCGUCUGUGACACCAACGAGCUCGUCCACGAGUACGAUUCUGAGGUCGAGAGGCUGAGGAAGAUUAACGCCGAGGUCGCUGCUGAGAGGGUGUUGUUGGAAGCGUCGUACCGGGAAGAGAAGGAAAGGUACGAAGCUUCGGUGCUGGCCUUCACUGAAAAGGAGAAGGAGAACAUUGCCCUGAAGGAGAAGGUCGGGGCUCUGGAAAGGCGGACUGCCGAGCUGGAGGGCGACAUGGACGCUCUGUCCAAGUCGUUCAAGACGAGCGAGCUCGAGAGGCGGAAGUACUGA